UCUGACCUUAUCUGAUAAUUUCUUCCUCCUCCCAAAUAUUAAAAUAAAGCUCUCUCUCUCUCUCGCUCUCUCUCUCUGUGUUCAUACACUUUGUCUUCCUUCUCAUUCUCUCUUAGCUCCCUCAACCGCUUUUUUAGUUUUUUUCUCUCAGAGCAAUUUCUAGGGUUUGAAAUGCUACUAACUCUAAGAUACAAUCUCAGCCCUUCAUUUUAAUGACUUUUUCCACCAGUGAAUGGCUCGAUUUAACUCUCCUAUUUUCCAUUUCACCAUUCUCUUCUUUACUUUUUUACCCCUGGUCCAAGCAUCCGCAAUCGACGGCGAUGAUUUCUCGAUUACCGAUUUCGAUUCCGAUUCCGAUUUCAGUCUCUUCCACCAGGACUACUCGCCGCCGGCGCCGCCACCUCCGCCACCUCACCCGCCGUCGGUUUCGUGCACCGAUGACCUAGACGGCGUCGGCGACCUCGACGCCACGUGUCAGAUAGCUAACGAUUUGAACCUCACUCGCGACGUGUAUAUAUCAGGGAAGGGAAAUUUUUACAUCCUCCCUGGGGUGAGGUUUCACUGUCCGACUCCCGGUUGUUCGAUAACUGUGAACAUUACUGGAAAUUUUAGUUUAGGCACAAAUUCUUCGAUCGUGACCGGAGCGUUCGAGUUGGCAUCGCAUAACGCGAGCUUCCUCAAUGGUUCGGUGGUGAACACGACGGGACUGGCGGGGAAGCCUCCGUCGGAGACGAGCGGUACGCCGCAAGGGGUAAGCGGGGCGGGCGGAGGACACGGCGGGAGAGGCGCGUGCUGCUUAUUGGACGACAAAAAGCUGCCGGAAGACGUGUGGGGCGGAGACGCUUACUCGUGGUCUUCGCUGCAGAAGCCGUGCAGCUUCGGAAGCCGAGGCGGGACGACGAGCAAGGAGGCGGAGUACGGCGGAUUGGGAGGCGGAAAGGUGAGUAUGGAUGUCGUGGGAACUGUUGUUGUGGAGGGAAGUAUUUUAGCCGACGGCGGCGACGGAGGAACUAAAGGUGGAGGUGGCUCUGGUGGCAGUAUUCACAUCAUCGCUUAUAAAAUGACUGGCAGUGGCAGGAUAAGUGCUUGUGGAGGUAAUGGAUAUGGCGGUGGCGGUGGUGGAAGAGUUUCAGUUAAUGUUUUCAGCAGGCAUUAUGACCCAGAAAUUUUUGUGCAUGGAGGAAGUAGUUUUGGCUGUCCAAAGAAUGCAGGUGCUGCUGGGACUUUAUAUGAUGCUGUUCCCCGGAGCCUUAUUGUUAGCAAUCACAACAUGUCAACAGACACGGAGACACUUCUUUUGGAGUUUCCUAAUCAGCCUCUCUGGACAAAUGUUUAUAUUCAAAAUAAUGCCAGGGCUUCUGUGCCAUUACUUUGGAGUCGCGUCCAGGUAGAAGGACAGAUAAGUCUGCUGUGUGGUGGAAAGUUGAGCUUUGGGCUUGCACAUUAUGCUUCAUCAGAGUUUGAGUUAUUGGCAGAAGAACUGUUGAUGAGUGACUCUGAGAUCAAGGUGUAUGGGGCUCUACGCAUGUCUGUGAAAAUAUUCUUGAUGUGGAAUUCCACAAUGAUUAUAGAUGGUGGUGAAGACGUGAUACUGGCUACAUCCUUACUUGAGGCUAGUAAUUUAAUUGUUCUCAAGAAAUCAUCUGUCAUACAUUCUAAUGCAAAUCUGGGAGUUCAUGGACAAGGUCUACUGAAUUUAUCAGGACCGGGGAAUUUAAUUGAAGCCCAACGUCUGGUUCUAUCACUAUUUUAUAGUAUUCAUAUUGGACUGGGAUCUGUUUUGCGUGGUCCCUUGGAGAAUGCAACAACAGCUGUUGUGACUCCAAAGCUCCAUUGUGAAAACCAAGAUUGUCCUAUUGAACUACACCAUCCGCCUGAAGAUUGCAAUGUGAACUCAUCACUGUCCUUCACUCUUCAGAUAUGCCGAGUUGAGGAUAUAACUGUUGAAGGCCUUAUAAAAGGUUCUGUUGUUCAUUUCCAUAGAGCAAGAACUAUAUCUGUACAGUCUUCUGGAAUAAUAAGUGCAUCUGGGAUGGGCUGCACAGGUGGUGUGGGCAGGGGACGUGUUCUGAGCAAUGGUGUUGGCAGUGGUGGUGGGCAUGGUGGUAAAGGCGGGACUGGAUGUUACAAUGGUAGUUGUGUUGAGGGUGGUAUUUCAUAUGGGAAUGCAAAUUUGCCUUGUGAACUUGGUAGUGGAAGUGGAGAUGAAAGCUUAGCUAAUUCAACUGCAGGUGGUGGUAUCAUAGUAAUGGGUUCAUUUGAGCAUCCCUUGUCAAGUUUGUCAAUUGAAGGCUCAGUGAGUGCUGAUGGAGAGGAUUCUGAAGAAACUAGUGGAAAGGCAAAUUAUGCUGUUGCAAAUAGUUCAAAUGGAGGUCCUGGAGGUGGGUCUGGUGGAACUAUUCUUCUGUUUUUGCAAACAAUAGCACUUGGUGAGGCUGCUAUCCUUUCAAGUGUUGGGGGAUUCAGUAGUCCCACUGGGGCUGGUGGAGGAGGUGGUGGAAGGAUUCACUUUCAUUGGUCUGACAUCCCCACUGGAGAUGUGUACCAGCCCAUUGCUACAGUGGAAGGAAGUAUCCAUGCAAGUGGAGGGAAAGGUGCACACCAAGGUGGUGCUGGAGAAAAUGGGACAUUGACUGCAAAAGCUUGCCCAAAAGGACUAUAUGGUAUAUUUUGUGAGGAAUGUCCAGCUGGCACUUAUAAGAAUGUUACGGGAUCUGAUAGAGCACUUUGUCAUCAUUGUCCUGCUCAAGAGCUUCCCCAUCGUGCUGAAUACAUUGCUGUCCGAGGAGGUAUAGCUGAAACUCCUUGUCCUUACAGAUGCAUUUCAGACAGAUAUCACAUGCCAAAUUGUUAUACAGCUCUUGAAGAGUUGAUUUAUACAUUUGGUGGGCCUUGGUUAUUUGGUCUUCUUCUUAUUGUUCUCCUCGUUCUGUUAGCUCUGGUGCUCAGUGCCGCGAGAAUGAAAUUUGUUGGGGUAGAUGAAUUACCAGGACCAGCUCCUACUCAACAUGGCUCUCAAAUAGAUCACUCCUUCCCUUUUCUGGAGUCAUUGAAUGAGGUUUUGGAAACAAACAGAGCUGAAGAGUCCCAGAGUCAUGUGCAUAGAAUGUAUUUCAUGGGUCCUAAUACUUUCAGCGAACCUUGGCAUCUACCUCAUACUCCUCCAGAACAAAUAAAAGAGAUUGUAUAUGAGGGUGCAUUUAAUACGUUUGUAGAUGAGAUCAAUGCUAUAGCUGCCUAUCAAUGGUGGGAGGGGGCAGUAUACAGCAUUCUUUCUGUUCUAGCAUAUCCUCUUGCAUGGUCAUGGCAACAGUGGCGCCGGAGAUUGAAAUUGCAACGAUUGCGUGAGUUUGUUAGAUCAGAGUACGAUCAUGCUUGCUUACGUUCUUGCCGUUCACGUGCUCUCUAUGAAGGGAUCAAGGUAGCUGCAACUUCUGAUUUAAUGCUAGCAUAUGUGGACUUCUUCCUUGGUGGGGAUGAAAAGAGAACUGAUCUUCCUCCACGCCUACACCAAAGAUUUCCUAUGUUAUUACCUUUUGGAGGAGAUGGAAGUUACAUGGCCCCUUUCUCACUUCACAGUGAUAAUAUUCUCACAAGCCUUAUGAGUCAGUCAGUCCCACCUACCAAAUGGUAUCGAUUAGUGGCUGGAUUGAAUGCACAGCUGCGCUUAGUUCGUCGUAGUCGACUAAGAGUAACAUUUCAACCUGUUCUCAAAUGGCUUGAAACUCAUGCCAAUCCUGCUUUGGUGGUCCAUGGUAUACACGUUGAUCUUGCUUGGUUUCAGGCUACAGCUUGUGGUUAUUUUCAGUAUGGACUUUUGGUGUAUGCUAUAGAAGAAGAAAAUGAUCCUGUAUCCGUUGGAUAUAUUGGUGGAGCAGUACGAACUGAGCAACAAUCACGAGAAAAUCCUCCAUCCAGUCAUCUGAGAGAAGAAACACAAUUAAACCAAGCACAUGGAAGCAAUGAAAGUUUAAUGAGGCGAAGAAGGAUAUUUGGCAGCAUUUUAGAUGCUAACAGUGUACAAGAAAUUGAAGAAAAGAGAGAAAUAUUUUAUCUUCUCUCUUUUAUACUUCAUAAUACUAAACCUGUUGGACACCAGGAUCUUGUCGGUUUAGUAAUCUCUAUGCUACUUUUAGGAGAUUUUAGCUUAGUGUUGCUUACUUUGCUCCAGUUGUAUUCAUUUUCACUAUUAGAUGUCUUCCUGGUUUUGUUUAUUUUACCCCUCGGUGUUCUUCUCCCAUUUCCUGCCGGAAUCAAUGCUCUGUUCAGUCAUGGACCUAGACGUUCUGCAGGUCUUGCACGUGUUUACGCCUUGUGGAACAUUACAUCCUUGAUUAAUGUAGUGAUUGCAUUUCUUUGUGGAUAUUUUCACCAUAAUGCUCCAUCACCAUCACCAUCACCACCAGAUAGAGAACAUCUGAACUUUCAACCUUGGAAUGUUGGCAUGGAUGAAAGUGAAUGGUGGAUUUUUCCUGCUGGACUGGUUUUGUGUAAAUUCUUCCAGUCCAGACUAAUCAACUGGCAUGUGGCAAAUCUGGAGAUUCAGGACCGAUCAUUGUAUAGUAAUAAUUUUGACAUGUUCUGGCACUCAUAACUUGGGUUUUCACAAGAUGGCAUUUCUACAUUAACAUGCAUUUUUGUUGUCAUAGGUAUUUUGUAUGUUUGAGUAGGUGAGUGAUUGACAUAGAGCUUAGAGAAAGUAGAAAAAGGAAAAAGAAAGAAAAUGAUAGGAGAAAGAUAGAUUUGUUUUUGUUAUUGUAAUCACCUGUAAACAGUGUGGGCUAUACGCAGUCCUUUUUCCCCCAUAAUGUAUACAGUUUUUAUACAAUGUAAACAGUUCUUUUACUAUCUCACCAUUUGUCACAACUUGUGAAGUGUUCAAGUAUGUGAGUGGUCAAUCACUUGCUCUAUCACCUUAGAGUUGUGGCACAAAAGUUGUGUCCCUUUUAGAUUUGUGGCACAAAAUUUGUCCCUAAUGUAACUAUAAUUGCAGUA